AUGUCCGACACCACCGUUCUGGACUCACAUCCUCACAAUCAGGAAGCAGACUAUCUACAAGACGAGAAUGCGCAAAAAUCGAUUAUCGCGUUCCGCGCGAUAAUGCUGUUCUUCGUCACGUUAUUCUUGGCUUUUAGAAUAUACACCCGUCGGUUUGUCGCGAUACAGAAGAAAUUAACAGCGGAUGAUUUCGGAGAGUACUAUACGGAACCAAUUGGUGCAGCACAACUUAUCCGUGUCAGAAAGCUUCAAAUCGCCAAUGAGUGGUUGUACAUCGUCCUUUGCGCCACGAUCAGAACCGCGGCUUUGUUACACUAUGAACGUAUUUUCCACCCAUAUGAACGUUUAAGGCGGAUUCUCUACACUGCGAUGAUCCUGGUAAAUGGUCUUUACCUCAUCCUAUUGAUUGUUUCUGUUGUAAAAUGCCGUCCCGUCUCCAGAAGCUGGGACGUUUCUGUCAAGGGAGAACGUUUGCCUAUGAGCGCGAUAGCAUACUCGUCGGCUGGAUUGAAUGUUUUGUCGAGUCUUUUUGUGCUGGGAGUGCCGAUGCCUGUUUUAUGGGGGCUGCAAAUGAAAAUUCGAAAGAAGAUCAUGAUCAUGAGUGUUUAUGGUGCUAGUGUGAUAGUUGUCGUUAUGAGCAUCGCUCGCCUCUCCCUAACACCAUCUUCACUCAAUAAUGAUAGCAACUCCAUGUCUUUCGACUAUAUUAUUGUCUCUGUACUCGAGCUUGACUUGAGUGUAAUAUGUGUCUGUUUUCUCGUCCUCCCUACCUUCCUUGAUAAGAUGAAGCCGAGGAUAAAGAUCAAAUUGAGAUGGAUCGGAUAUCAGCGCCAGACAUCUUCGGUUUUGAACACACCGGAUGAUGUGGUCACGCUGCCCCUUGUCGGUUUGAAUAAGGCCGCUGGAGGCGCAGGGGCAGAUGAUUGUAUACAGCAUUAA